AUGGAAAACCAGUCUUCAUCCGAGAGAAGUUCCAGAUUUAUUCAAACAUUAUGGCUAACUUAUGCUUUUUCCUUGAUUGGAUUUAAUAAUGGUAUAUUGGGACCGGCGUUACUGGACCUACAGUUCCUGGUAAAGGUCAAUCUAGAUACUAUCAGUAAUCUGUUUAUUGUGUCAGGGGUCGGCUUUAUUAUUGGUACUAUAACAGCGAUGGUACUGAAAAAAUACGUGGAUACAGAAUUAUUUCUAGGUCUCUCUGUGUUAUUUGGCAGUGUUAUUAAUAUUAUAUUACCAGUUGUACCUGUCUAUGCAUAUGUCGUCAUCAUGACACUGCUUCAAGGGAUAUUUAAAGGUCUUAUUGAUUUUUGUGUUUUGAUAAUGUGUAAUGUUAUUUGGAAGGAUAAUAAGAGUUUCGCAUUUCAAUUUGUUUGUAUAGGAGCUGGAAUAUCAUCCUUUAUAGUACCAUUUAUAGCUAAACCCUUUCUAUCAGAGACACAUUUUAAACACAGUACUGACAGUGAUAUGUAUACCGAAUCGUUCGGCGAUCUUUUGACAGAAUUCGGUGUUAUAAGCGACUUUCAUUACACAAAAAGUACUAUGGCAAUAAUGACUUCAAUGUACUGGGGCUCGUUUGUGUUCGGUAGAAUUAUGAACUUAAUAUUUUCAAAGUAUAUUAAUCUGUUUGUGGUACUGACCGUGAAUUUGGCUGGACUGUUGUGUGCUACGACCAUGCUAGUUUUGGCAACAGUAAGCCGACCGAUACUCUUCUGGAUUGGAACUGUGCUUAUCGGAUUGUUUUCGUCGUCGUUGUUGCCCACUGCAUUAGUUUGGAGUGAUAAAUACGUUCCUGUGAGUGGUUUUACUAUAACGACCACUCUGAUAGCGUCUGGUAUGGGGGAGAUCGUGGUGCCGCGUAUUGGUGGAGCAGUUUUCGACACGGAAGGCCCUCCUUCGUUGAUGAUCAUGAUGCUCGUUGCAGCACUAUUUGAAAUUGCUUUCUUUAUCGGAUUAGCUCUGGUAGGAAAUGCGUUAGUGAUUAAAAGUCCACCUUCUGAAGACGAACAAUCAAAACAGAUUGUGAAAGAAAACCACAACCGUUUUUUACAAGGAUAA